CUUUUCUCCUCUCCAUCAGGACCCUCCACCCCUGCCAGGAAAUGUCCUGCUACGACCUCUGCCCCACCGCCGGCGGCAUCUCCUGCCCGCAGCCCGUGGCCAACAGCUGCAACGAGCCGUGUGUCCGGCAGUGUCCGGACUCCACCGCCCUCAUCCAGCCGCCCCCGGUGGUGGUCACCUUCCCCGGCCCCAUCCUCAGCUCCUUCCCGCAGCAGGCCGUGGUGGGAUCUGCUGGAGCCCCGGUUUUUGGGGGCUCCCAGGGUUUUGGGAGUCUCUACGGCUCUGGAGCUUUCCCAGGAUACGGCGCCCGCUCUGCAUACGGGAUCUCGGCGCUGGCCGGCGGCUCCUGCGGCCCAUCCGCGUCGCGCCGCUUCAGCCGCCUCCUCCGCGGCUCCUGCGGGCCCUGCUGAGGGCACGGGAGUCUCCAGGGAAUCCCAGGAAUGCCCAAAUCCACGGCCACGAGCGUGAGGGGUCGGCAUUUCCGCGGCCCUCUUCACAUUCCCGAUCUUUCUCCUACUUCUCGUUCGGCGCCUCCUCGUUGUUUGCUCUCGCUGCCUGUUCCGGCAUUCCCGAUUUAUCAGACUGACGUGGGACAGCCCAUUCCUGAUCUACUGGAUUGAUGUGGGACAGCCCAUUCCUGAUGGAUUGGACCAGCAUGGAACAGCCCAUUCCUGAUUGAUUGGACUGAUGUGGGACAGCCCAUUCCCUGUUCCAGAAUUCCCAAUUUAUUGGACUGAUGUGGGACAGCCCAUUCCCUGUUCCAGAAUUCCCAAUUUAUUGGACCAGCAUGGGACAGCCCAUUCCCUAUGGAUUUCACCCACAACGACCAAUAUCCUCAGACAGCAGCCAGGAGAAGCCAGCUGAGGACAUCUCAGAGCAGGACUUUAGUUGGACUCUCCCCGAAAUUAUCCAGGAAUAGACUUUUCCCAAAGUUAUCUGGGAAUGGAUUUUCCCCAAAAUUAUCCAGGAAUGGAUUUUCCCCAAAAUUGUCCGGGAAUUGAUUUUCCGCCUUCUGUGAU